AUGGCUUCCGCCAGCAGAAACUUUGAUGAGUACCGGCUGAACGCUGUCGUUAAUCGCGAUCCAUAUUUUGUCAUCCAUACAUUGUCAGAUGAGCGGCUUCCGCCCGAGCUGCGAAGGCCUGGCAGUGUGCAACGAUGGGAGCGGGAGAAGGAGCUUGGUAAAGGCACCUUCGGUACUGUUUGGUUGGAGGUGCUGCGUUCCGGAAAAGCAUCUGGGCGAGAAGUGAGAGCUGUCAAGAGAAUUCAAAAGAAGUUAAUGAGAGACAAGAGGGAACUAGCUGCGAUGACCGACUUUUCCAGACGCAAGUAUCUUCAUAUUGGGAGCUUCGUGGAAUUCUUCGGCUGGUUUGAAGAUAGCGCGAACAUCUAUAUCGCAAUGGAGUAUUUUCCUUAUGGGACAUUAAGCGACUAUAUCGGCCAAGGUAUUCCAGAAAAUGAGAUUCGAAAGAUCACCGGCCAGCUGUUAGUUGGCCUCGCACUAAUGCAUGAGCAUGACUACACUCAUCGCGACCUGAAACCUGACAAUAUAUUCAUCGAUACACCAGGCCCGGAGUGGUCAGUGAAAAUAGGGGACUUCGGUGUUUCUAAAUAUGUGAAUAGAGGGAUGACCGCGUUACGGACGGGGACAGGCACGCCACUCUAUGAAGCUCCUGAAAUUCAGGGGGACGUCAUACAGGAAACUGAGGAAGAAUACGUGGAGUAUACAAAUAUAGUGGAUAUGUGGUCGUUAAGCUGCGUGGUAUUUGAGAUGGCAGCAAGGGCCGUGUUAUUCCCUAGGUGGCCUCUGGAUUAUAAGAAGCUCUCUGGCCGUUUGUCCGCUGUUGAGGCGCUGAAGCACGAGUGGAUUACCUCGCGCGACCCGCAGCCCUUGACCGGAGAGGUUGUCCAGGAUCCUGGGGCAGCAGCGCCAUCUCCCAAGAAAGACUCUGGACUCAAUAGAGUCGGACAAAGCGGCAGCAGCGGCAAAGUCCAAGCUGCUAACGGUAACGAUAACGAUGCGUUGACGGCAUUAUCCGCAAAAACCCCGCAGGUCAUGUCUUCAAGUGGUGAACAUGGUGAUGGCAACCUAUCUGGCAGCUCGCAACGGCGUACCGUGAUCAGGAGGAUCAGCCAAUCGAACAACAGGGACAAUUUUUCUGCGGGCGAUACACAUCAGACAGAGCCGGCGCCACCCAAGGCCGAGCCAUUGCGGAAUAAGGUGACGCUGCGAAACCCGAAAGCUAUAGUUGGAAGCCUCUCUGGCGCCGAAACGGAUAUCGACGACGAGGCGUUUCGGCUAGAUCUCCCUUUCAGCAUCAAGGUAUACGGCCAUUCAAGCUCGACUCUCUUCAUCAUCAAGAAUGGUAUGAUCUGUCUGGACCAGGCACCUAGCGCGAAUGCCUGGUUUAUUGGAACCAACCACCAAGAACUGCCCUUCCGCGAGGGACUCCAUCCCUACUGUGAGGGACUCCCUCCCUACUGCCUGUUUCCGUACUGGACCUAUCUGCUUAUCAAAAGGGGGAUGCCACAUGGAAUCUACUAUGAGAUUGAAGGAAGUGCUCCGAAACGAUUGCUGAAAAUCGAAUACUACGUGACUCGCUACCAUGUGAUGGAGUACUACUUCCAUUUUCUUGUCAUUAUUGAAGAGGCACGCCCGAAUAUCGUGACCUUCAGGUACUAUGAUGUUCCGGACAACGGGCGAAUGGGAACAGUUGGCGUGCAGGGUCCAGACAAGCACAAGAUGUUCUCCUUCAACCAGCCGAAGAUCAGACGAGGGGUGCAGCUGGUCUUCAACACCACCCCCAAUGUCAACGACGUGCAGGUAUCGGAGUUUCAACCGUACUGA